CUCUAUAAAUCCAUCUUCCUCAUCACCUCCUUCAUAAGUCAUAUCCGACGACUUCAUCCACAGAAAUCAAAUCAGAAGUCUUGAAAUCUAAUUUAACAAGAACAUCGAUCUCCAUGGGAAACAGUUUAAGGUGUUGUUUGGCCUGUGUUCUUCCUUGCGGUGCUCUUGAUUUGAUCCGAAUAGUGCAUUUAAAUGGCUACGUUGAAGAAAUCACACGUCCGGUAACCGCCGGCGAGGUUCUGAAGAACUACCCUAAUCAUGUCUUAAGCAAACCAUGUUCUCAGGGAGUUGUCCGGCGAAUCUUGAUCCUUUCGAACAGUUCCGAGCUUAAAAGAGGCAGCAUUUAUUUCUUGAUACCUUCCUCCUCCGUGCCGGAAAACAAGAGAAACCCACAGAAAAAAGAUCCGAAAAAGCCCAAGAAGAUACCUACGGUAGCGGUUGGGCAACCGGCCGAUGUGUCCACCGGAGAGAACACUGCUCCUUUGAAUUCUUCAGAUGUUGUUGUGGUGUCGGAGAAAAAGAAGCUAGGGCACCGGAGAGCUCGCCGGACUGUUCAGGGCGGCGAAUGGCGGCCUCAUCUUGAGAGCAUCUUUGAGGAGUAAUUUUUUUUUUUUUUUGAAAAAAAAGUUGUUGGGUUGAUUUACUACUCUUUUCUUCCGCUUUUUUAUUUUCUUGUGGACAGAUUUGACAUUUUUUUUAAAUUUUCGCCUUAUGUUUUUUUUAUAAACGAGGUAAAUGUCUCUUUUGCCCCAGAAAAUCACUUGAAGAAGAGAGAAAAAGAGUGACUAUGCCCAACUUCAUGUACUUUCAUCUCCAAAGUUGUAAUUAUGAAAUAUAAAUAUAUCCCCCCUUUUUAUA